UGGGAGCCCUCUGACAGAUGCGGGGCUGGCCUUGCUGAAUCCAGCUCUGGCCCUCCACCCUGCCCUCGUGGCUCUGGACCUGGGGGACUGCAUGCUGGGUGAUGAAGCCAUCAACCUCAUCUGUGGCCUCCUCCCUCCUGAUGGGGCCAAGUCUGGCUUGAAGGAGCUGACGCUGAGCGCCAACCCUGGCAUCACCCCUAAGGGCUGGAGCCGCCUCGCCAUUGCCGUGGCCCACAGCUCCCAGGUCCGCGUCCUCAAUCUGGACUACAACCCCCUGGGUGACCAUGUGGCAGCGAUGCUGGCUGUAGCUGUGGCCUCUAGCCGCACCUUAGAGGUCCUAGACUUGGAGGGUACAGGGCUCACCAACCAGUCAGCUCAGACCCUGCUGGACAUGGUGGAAAAUUACCCCACAGCUUUGCGGAGUCUGGUGUUGGCUGAGAACAGCAUUAGCCCGGAGCUGCAGCAGCAGAUCUGUGACCUCCUCUCUGAGGGGGAGGAGGAGGAGGAGGUGGCAGGAGGGGCUGGCGACACGCAGGAACGAGAGAGAGGGCGGGAGCCUGCUGCCCACCAGAGGGGCAGUAGCUCCUGGAUGUGCCCCAGUGAUCCCAGCUCUCAGAUGGUGCUAAUGACGUCAGGACUAGGGGACAGUCUGUUGGCUGAGACGGAGAUGUGACUCUCCAUUCAGGCUUCUGCGCGUCAUUACAUUUGUAUCUCCAGCACUUUGCCCCAGAUGUCAGGGUCAGGCCCUGGGGCUUAGGAGGGUGGUG